AUGGGCCUUGCGGAUGUUCGCUACCUCCUCUUCGAUCGGUCAGUUGUUUAUAACCUCGGAAAGUGUCCGAGUGAUACACGCUCAUUACUUCUACUGAUGGUGCUUGCCUCACCUCCAUCUCAUUUGUCCAUUCAGUUCACGCGGCCACUGCGCAAAACAGCGCCAGAGAGCGUAACUCGUAACUCGUCGCGUGAUGUGACACGCGUGACAUUCAGGCGAUUUGUCACUUCGAACCCAAACCUGACACGGGCGCUGUCCACAGCUGCCCAGCCCUACCCAUUCUCAACUGCGGCUAAGAUUCCCCCACCACCAGCAAAUCCACUCCCAGAAUCUCUGCGUCAAGGCAAAGGCCUCAUGCAAUACCUCACACAGACACUACCCAGCCCGGAGAAGCAAAACCUCCUCUCCACUUACUUUUCCAGACGACAUCCUCUGCGGGUCCUCCCCGGUUCAGUGCUUACGGUAACGCUAGGACACGCGCCCACAACGUUCUCCGGCGUAUUAAUGUCUGUGCGCCGGCGCGGGCUGGACACGUCGUUUGUGCUGCGCAACGUGAUCAACCGUACGGGGGUGGAGAUGCAAUUCUUUGUAAGCUCCCCGCAUCUGAGGAACAUCAAGGUCCUGCAGCGUGCGGGUGGAGGGGGCGGCAAGGCGGGCAGGCGGAUGCGCAGGGCCAAGUUAUUCUACCUGAGGGAUUCUCCGGAGAAGAUGACCGCGAUUUCAGCCGGCGUCCGCGGGUAG